GAACCGCUUCCAGGGCGACGUUGACGAGGAGCUCGUGUGCCCGAUAUGUUCUGGCGUCCUCGAGGAUCCUGUUCAGGUAGGAUGAUACGCGUGUUCGAACUGAGGGCACCUCGUCGCGAUACAUCCUCCUCAGCCUAACCUCCAUCCUUCGCGGUGUUGCACGAAAAGCUAUCGAAUUUGAGAUGGGAGAAGAAUCGAGUUUAGUCGCGAGGGAUGUCUCGGUUUGCGAGAAGGAAGAGACAAGGAGCCGAGGAGUUCAGAUUUUCGCGAAAUCAUCCGAGGACUUUGCUGAUUUGUCGCUGAAGCGAGAGGUCUCAACGAAUCUACGGCGAAAUUUUAUUUCAUUUCGCAGAUCGCGAAAGAGAAAUCUCUCGAGUACGUAAUGUUUCCGUGCGAGAUAUCACGUUGCUCCAUUUCUCGAUGCUUGCCGCUGUUCCUGUCUUUGCUUCCUCGCUCGCUUCGAGAUAAGAGUAAACGAAAUUGCGCAUCUGUGAAUAUAGUUGUGGCAGCUUACGAGGACUGGCAGGUGAGUAAUGUGUUGCAGGCGCCAGUGUGUGAACACGCCUUUUGUCGCACCUGCAUCAACGAGUGGAUAAAUCGUCAACCCACGUGCCCCCUGGACCGUACACCCAUCACAUCGGCUCAGCUUAGAGCAGUCCCUCGAAUCCUGAGGAACCUGUUGGCCCGUUUGUGCAUCAAGUGUGACAACAUUGUGUACGGCUGCAACGCGGUUAUCAAGUUAGACUGUCUGGCCAUUCAUCUUGAGCAGUGCGAGUAUAAUCCGAAGAGACCGAUGUUGUGCGAGCAGGGUUGCAGCCUUAUCAUUCCCAAGAACGAGCUCAAGGAUCACAACUGUGUGCGUGAGCUCCGUAAUCUGAUACAGUCACAGCAACAGAAGCUGGCUGACAUGAAGCGCGAGCUUGGUGAACAGCAGCUGCAGAUCAACGAGCACAAGCGCGAGAUCCACCUGCUUAAGGAUUUUAUGCGUGCGCUCAGGGUGUCGAACCCGGCGAUGCGUGCGAUUGCAGAUCAGAUGGAGCGAGAUGAUGUCGUGAGAUGGUCCGCAACUUUGCCACGCGCUCGUGUUACCAGGUGGGGUGGUAUGAUUUCUACUCCCGACGAGUUGCUCCAGACGAUGAUCAAGAGAACUUUGUCAGAAUACAAUUGUCCACCUCACGUGAUUGACGAGCUAAUGGAGAACUGCCACGAAAGAAAAUGGCCACCAGGAUUAAAUUCCCUCGAGACCAGACAAAACUCUCGCCGACAAUACGACAACUAUGUGUGCAAAAGAGUGCCUGGCAAGCAAGCGGUAUUGGUCCUCCACUGUGAUAAUAUGCACAUGCCAGAGGACAUGAUGGUCGAGCCUGGAUUAGUGAUGAUUUUCGCGCACGGUAUCGAAUAGAACCAUCGGAUGUCGUAUACAAAUACGAUUAUUAAUUCAACGCCACCACUAGCCCAGAAACAUAUUAAUAUCACGUCGCAAACGUCGAGAGAACGAAUUUGUUCUGUCGUAGUUUGCGAAUUGACGUAAGUCAGUCUGGAUCUCCGUAGGAUUAAUUCAAGAACUUUCGUCCAAUCGCGUCAAGUUUUACUCGGAAAAUUCCCUCACCGGGGAAUUACCGGAAAAUUCCCUCACCGGGAAUCUACUCGCGCGUUUACGGUUGAAAAUCCUGAGAUUGCAACAUUAUUCUCGAUGCGAAUUCAUUCUGAAGCUAAAUCGAAGCCGUCGAGCAUACACAUAAACGAUGAUGCACACUGUCGCUCUUUGUGAUACGCGAUUCUAGAGGCGCGAUUGUCACGUAUAGGAUCGAUUGGGACUGUAAUUGUAAUCGAUACGGUAAAUAAUAUUGUUACUCGUCUCUAAACAUGUUAGAUUCGAUUCACCGUCAUCGGUUAUCUCGGUCGAACUCCCACAAAAAAACUCAAUCGAGUAUCUGGAUCGUUGCACUGUGAUAUAACCACUUCGGUGAGAAACCUCCUGAAAUCGCGUGAUAAAUGACCGACCACUGCCUCUCCUCUUUGGCCGGUCGAUUGAUCGAAUUGUACAUUUUUUCGACGGCGGUUCGUUUAUCGCUCAUUUCAGGAUCAUUUACGGAUACUUAGAAGUCUGUGAAUGUUUUACUAUAAUACUUUAGAGGAGUGUAAGCGAUAAUUGGAGAAAAUUCCCAUUAAUAAUCGAAACAUACAAAAUGAGAAAUCCUGAGAAUGAGAUACAGAUUCGCCACAGUGUGAUUCGUUUUUAAGUAUUUGAUGUCCUGUCAGAAAUUACAUUUUUCUGCCUGAUAAUUUUUUCUCCUGCCAUUCUUAUCUAGAUAGUUUCUUAACUUCUUUCUCUUCUCAAAAAUUUCUCCCAAAUUAGACAUCGUAAACAAGUUAAUCAUUAUUAUCUUCUGUCUAUACUAUAUAAAUUUUGAGCAUUUAUUAAAGAUUGUUGCUAAUUGUUCUUUUGUUGAAUAUGCCACAGAUAGCUUUGGUUGCUCUGAGUUGAU